AUGGUUUCAAAGAAUGUUUCAGAUGGCAAGAAAUAUUUGGCGAAGAUUGGACGAGACAUAAUUCACAUUCUGCUUCUUUUUUCCAUUUUGCGGCUGUCAUUGAAAACGAAAAGAGCACUUUAUACUGGUCAAAUCACAUCAGGAAACAUUUUUAUCAGCUCAGAACUUAUUACCCUACCUGAAAGACUAUGCUAUGUCUGGGUAUCUACUCGUGAUGUUGUUCUUAGAAAGUACAAUUUGCCUGGCAAUAGUCGGCAUCGCUACGGUUUGAACUUACAAACAAACCGCAAGAUUUCACAUGCGGCUAUUCUUUUGCUUGCUGGUGAUAUUGCAACUAAUCCUGGACCAACCUUCAAGACGGUUAAUCAAUCGCAAGAAAAGAGUUUUAAAAAACACCACUGAAAUGUCUUCUUCUUAACACUCGAAGUUUGAAAAGCCAGCACAAGCAAGGUAUGAAAGUAACAAAUAACAUUCAUAAUUUUCAAGAUUUAGUUUACUCGGAGAGCAGUGAGAUCGUAUGUGUUAAUGAAACGUGGUUAAACAAGGAUAUAUUAAACUGCGAGAUUCUUGGUCCAGAUUAUGAAAUAUUUCGUAAAGACAGAGAAAGCAGAGGUGGUGGAGUGUUAAUGGCCAUUAAAAGUGAAUCGUUUAAACACGUGCGUGAGAUUGAAAUAAAUUGCAACAUUGAAAUUGUUACAGUGGACGUUACUACGCAAUCGAACUCGCAUUUAUUAAUAUGUUCGUGUUACAGACCUCCAAAUUCAAAUGAUAACUGGCUGAACUAUUUUAAAUAUUUUCUAAGCAUGAUUCGUGAUCAGUAUGAUGACGUCAUCAUUGCGGUUGAUUUCAAUUUACCUGACAUUAAUUGGCAGAACUCUGGUGACGAGGCAACUAAAGCAACCACAAGUGAAUUUUCCGAGAUUCUUAAAGACUUUUUUCUUUCUCAAAUAAAUACGCAUACCACAAGAGGAAAUGACAUUCUUGAUCUAUUAAUCACAAGCAUACCCGACCAAGUUAAAAUAUGCAAAGUCCUUUCACCAGAGAUGACUGGAGUAGUCACUGAUCAUAAUGCCAUUUCGUUUGUGGUAUUAAUUUGUCCUUUCCGGCCACCAAAAACAACCAGAAUGGUCUACGAUUAUCAACAUGCAGAUAUUAACGGUCUUCGUGCAACUCUGGAGUCUUUAAAUUUGAGUAACUUGAUAUCGGACAACGACGACAUAAACAAAGAUUGGUAUUCAUGGAAACACACGUUUCUAACUACCGUUAAGAAAUACAUCUCAACUAAGAAAGUUAAAAGCAGCAGAAACAUUCCCUGGCUAAACAGCGAAAUCUUGCAUUUAUUAAAGAAAAAAGAAACUGUCAGAUGCCAACUUUCUCAUUCUCCCACUGACUAUUUGCAUGGAAAAUUUUAAAAACUUAGAACUACCACCUUAGAUUCUAUCUACAGAACAUAAUAAAUCGCUGUCAGCAUGGUUUUACUCCCGGGAAAUCCUGCACUACUCAACUCAUCCAAGUUAUAGAUACAAUUGGUAAACUUCUUGAUCAAGGAGAGCAGAUAGAUGUCGUUUAUCUUGGUAUGUCCAAGGCAUUCGAUAAAGUGAAUCACAAGAAGAUGAUCGAUAAACUCCGUAGUUUUGGAUUCAAUGGUGGCUUGCUUUCUUGGUUCCAGUCCUAUCUUCGCCAUCAUCGACAAAAAGUAACAGCGUUAGGAUCUACGUCGACGCCUGUGACAUCCGGAGUACCACAAGGAUCUAUCUUGGGUCCAAUCCUGUUUCUGCUUUACGUGAAUGAUCUACCCGAUGCGAUAUCCUUGUCUACAAUUGCAACCUUCGCAGACGAUACCAAAUUGUUCCAAUGCAUAUUGUGUGAAGCAGACAGCUGUCUCCUACAAGAAGAUCUGACUAAUAUAAACAACUGGUCAUCGUCUUCUGAUCUUAUGUUUAAUCAGUCUAAAUGUAAAGUUCAGACAAUAUCGCGUAAACGAAAUCCCAUUAUGGCCUCAUACUCCAUGGGAAAUAUGCAGCUCGACCACUGUUUCCAAGAACGUGACCUUGGAGUAUGGAUCUCGUCUGAUCUAUCGUGGAAGAAGCAGGUAGAAUCGCAGAGUACAAAAGCAAACCAGAUCUUGGGGUACGUGAAAAGAACAUCAACGUACAGCAGAUCUUACUUAAUACGAUCAACACGGACAUGGAACGCACUACCGACAGAAAUAACCCAAAACCACAACAAAUCUUCUCUUGCCACUUUCAAGAAUAUUCUGAAAGAAUACUACUACUCCGCUCUUUCCUUAACUUUCGACCCUGAUGACCCACGUACAUGA